ACCCCGCCGACAACAGACGCGCCAAGUUCCAAUGGCAAUUCAGAAAAACAUGAUAACAAUGAAGGUGCUGGGGACCACGUUGAGUCUCAAAAGGCAAAAAGCCUANGUCUGAAAGAAAGAGCCGCGAAACUAUGGUCAAAAACUCAACUGGAUGUAACCACGAUGAAAAUCAUGGCAAAGGGCGCUCUUGCACCGACCAUCAGUUUGGCUGCAUAUCAAGCCACUGACUUCGCCGAGGUUUAUACCACCUUAGGAUACCUUGUUGGUGUCGUUUCCAUAUUGAGUUUUGCAAUUAUGCCCAGAGCCAAAUUCCUACAAACCUGGUUGUUGAAUAUGCUGGCUACCUGUUUCGCCUCAUGUAUCGCACUGUUAGCCAUAUAUUGUGCCGUCCAGGCUAGACUUCACACCGAAAAGGCUGUACGUACAGGAGGGCCUGGCACAAGCGGAACACCUUCUCCAGGCGCCAUUACAGCCACUUACAACUCGUCCGCUGCAGCAGUCAGUGGUAUCUGGCUAUUCUUUGAGAUAUGGAUCAUCAAUACCAUGCGAGCAAGAAAUCCUCAGCUCAUGAUUCCAGGCAUUAUUGCAACAAUCUUUGCAAACGUGAGCAUGGUUUAUGCUCCUCAAUUUGGAUCCAUGACAGUAGGGAUAGCUUUCGUCAAACGCCUUCUCGAGUCGUUCUUUACAGGUUUCGCCAUCGGAGGAGGUGUUUCUCUGUUCAUCUUUCCUAUUACCAUGCGAGGCGUCGUCUUCAAAGAGUUUACAGGCUACAUAAUGCUGUUACGCAAGAUGACCAAGGUCAACCUCGCGUAUCUGCAGAGUCUCGAGGAAGGAGAUAUGUUUUUCGGAAGAAGUGACACCAACAUUCCGGAGAAGCCGAAACGGACCUCAGAAGCCCAAGCUAUUAAGGAUACGCUUGCAGGACUCUCUGCUUUGCACGGAAAACUCUCUAUCGAUUUGUCUUUUGCCAAAAGAGAAAUUGCCAUUGGACGACUUGGCCCUGAUGAUCUUCAAGAAAUCUUCAAACAAUUGCGAGNNGGAUUGAUGCUUCCAAUCAUCGGCCUCAGCAGUGUGCUUGAUGUGUUUGAAAGAACUGCCGAAGACAGGAACUGGAACCAUCCCGCUCCCGAGAGACCGCUCGAAGAACUCGAUGACCCUAACGAGAGGAGCAGAAUGGAGGCUGUCGCAGAUUGGCAUGCCAUCUUCAGGACGAUGCGUGAACCAUUUGCCCGAAUCGUUGGCGAUAUCGAUGAGGGCUUCGAACACGUGUUGAUCACUCUGCAACUAAUAAAACCACCUAAAAGAGAACCUGAUUCCGAAUCUGAAGGCGACCGACCUCACCCUGGAGAAAAAGACUUCCAAAACUACCAUUACACACGAGUCAGCGCAUAUCACAACGAGAAGAGUAAGCUUUUGAGACGUUGGUGUGAGCUGAGAGGCUUCAACCUGCCCGAAAACUUCUUCGAGAAUGCACAAAACGCCGAUUUCACCGCGCCUGACUGGUAUCGCAGUGUUAAGAACAAUGAGGAGCGCCAGAAAUACAGAGCUCGACUCUUCAUCGUUCUAUACGUGGACUAUCUUCUGGACUCGAUAGCUAUGGCCGUUCACGAUUUCGUCAAAUUCGCUGAUGCAAAGGUUGAAAGCGGGAAGCUGAGUCGCAAGAGACUCAUCGUACCUGGUAUCAAACGUUUGAGAAAGUGGGUCGAGUCAUCCUACAGUCGAAAGCAAGAUGCAUACACGGACGAACAGCACGGAAUGAACGAGGAUGGUAAUCGAGCUUCCAAUGUAUACCUCGGCGACGCUUACAACAAGCGCAAAGAUCCGGAGCACCUGCCACCGAGCAACGCUUGGGAGAAGUUUGGUGAUCGAGUUCGUGGCGUUGCUCACUUCCUUCGCUCACCAGCAUCUUCGUUCGGAUUUCGAGCGGCUUGUGCCACCAUGUGUCUUGCCAUCGUCGCCUAUCUGCGCGAUACUCAAACCUUCUACGUCAGACAGCGAUUGUUCUGGGCUCAGAUCAUGGUUGGUUUGGCUAUGUCUCCUUCUGCUGGACAGAGUCUGUUCAGUUUCGUGCUCCGUCUUGUUGGCACUUUCGCUGCCAUGGUGGCGAGUUUCAUCAUCUGGUAUAUUGUCGACGGACAUACUGCCGGAGUCCUUGUCUUCUUCUGGUUCUUUAAUGCCUGGGGCUUCUUCAUUGUUCUGAAGUAUCCUCGCUUCAUUCCUGUUGGCAUGAUCUAUUCUGUAACCACCACUCUAAUCAUUGGUUACGAAUUGCAAGUCAGAAAGAUCGGCGUGCAGCGCUCGGAGACGAAUGGCCAGGCAUACUAUCCUAUCUAUGAGCUGGCUCCUUACCGUCUCGGCACCGUCGCUGCAGGUAUCUUUGUAGCUUGGGUGUGGACAAUCUUUCCUUAUCCCAUCUCAGAACACUCGGAGCUUCGCCGAAACCUCGGUUCGUCUUUGUAUUUGCUCGCCAACUACUAUUCAGUGGUAGUCGAAACUGUCAAAUUUCGCGUCAGAGGCGAUUUCCAAGAUUUGAACGCUUUCGACGAAGGAAAUAACCCAGCCAAGAAACUCGAAAAGAUCCGACAGACUGUGUUCUCAAAAUCCGUACUUUUGCUGCAAGGCUUACGUACGCAUUCCGGUUUUAUCAAGUAUGAUGUGCCGAUUGGUGGUCGCUUCCCUCGCCAAAACUACGACAGAAUCAUUGCUCGCAUCCAAGAUAUCCUCAACUUUGCUUCUUUGCUGAGCUAUGCAUCCCAGACUUUCUCAGAAAUGCGCAAUCCAGGCAUAGAUGGCUCUGAAUCACAGUGGCUCAAUGAUUUCCGUCGCUUGAUGAAGGAAGCAGAUAUCACGAGCAAAGAAUCCACAACACUGCUUUCGCUGCUCUCAGCCUCGGUAGCUAGCGGCCAACCUCUACCCCCACNNCUCCAACACCCCGAACCCUACCGUCUGAGCGCCAAGCUAGAGUCUCUAGACUCCAACAUUCUGUCUGUAAGACACAUGGCCGAGCCUGGCUUUGCAGCUUUUGCAGUCAUGCAGAUCUCGACAAAGUGUAUUGGAGACGAUAUUAAGGCGUUGUUGGCUGAUAUCAAGGAGUUGGUUGGCGAGCUUGAUUUCUCGUUCCAUGUUGUUAGUACACAAGAUGCUUCGGUGAGCAGUUCGCAGGAUACGUUGAUUAGGGAGGAUAGUCAGAAUCGACGCAAGGCUGAUUGA